AUGGCAGUCCCAGCCAAGUGCGAGAACUGUGCGAAUGAUCCUCAGAAUCGCCCGUCCUAUCCCAUCCAGCCCCCAGCGAACUUAGGGGUCGUCCUCGGCGUCAUCGGCGGCUGUGCGCUCGUCGCGCUCGUCGUCGCCAUCGUCGUUCCCCUCGUACGGCGACGCGCGCGCCCUAACCCGAGCGCGAGCGUGCGCCGCAGCCUGUAUCGAAAGGUGCGCGAUGGGGAUGUCGAACGGGGCGCGGAAGUGGAUGCACGGACGAAUGCGAGGGUGCUGUAUCUGCCAUCUCGGCGGUCGUCCUUCCGACAUCAAAAGGUGUUCGCCGGACCGGACGCCCAACCGCUGCUCCCCCUACUUCUCGACCCCCUCCGGCCCAUCUCUGCACUCACCUGGAGCGACUUCCACUCCCGCCGCUCCAAGAGCCAGAGCCAGAGCCCCCCGCGCACGAGCACCAGCAGCACUGACGGCACCACCGACGGCUCCUCGCGCGCGAUGUCGGACGAGGACGAGUACGCGGACGGGCGCGCGCCCGAGCGAGACCGGGAUCGGGAAUCGCUCUCGACAAACCGCGCGACGACGUCGCACCGGAGCACGAGCUCUCGCUCCGCCCGCGAGCGGGAAGCUGCCUUCAGGCGCGAUGAGCAGGGAAGGCCCCAGAUCAGCAACAGCACCAGCGGCGGAUACCGCGCGCGCGCAUUGCCCCAGCCCCCACGAAGCCCGACCCCACCGGGACUGCCCAGCAAACGCGAGUAUAGCAUCUAUAGCGCACGGCGUGCGUCCCUCCCGCUACCUAUAACCCCCACCUCGCCCGCGGACCAGGCGUCAGCGGGUAUGCCACACCUCUUUGCACCUGUACCUGUCUCUCUCGCUGUCCCCUCCCCCGCCACCGCGUCCGCGUCCGCUGCCGGAGGCUCGGCGCUCUCACGACAUCCAAGCAGCCGCCACCGCACGGGUACGCUGAAGCCAGGGAUGGAGCCUGUGCUCGAGGACGACGCCUAUGCGGAAACCAGAUCCCUCCAGCUGCCGUCCCCGCCCGCAUCCCCCGAGCAGGCGCAGCCGCAACCACACCACCGAUCGUCAAGCAGUCGCCGCCGGCCGAGUCUCACCCCAAGCCAGAGCGCGCCGCUUACAACGAGCACCUCAUACCGCCCGCGAUCGUCCACGGGCCCCGCGAUCCCGCUCACGGCGGCAUUUCAAACGAGCGUCCUGCGCUCGGGAUCGCAGUCUACUGCGGGCAGCUCGGCGGGUCAUCAUCAUCGGUAUCCAUCGAUCGUCACCUCGUCGACGAGAGCACGUCCGACCUCGGUGCAGGUCGCGCCAUCGUCUUCUGCUGGGGGGUUGCUGUCCCCCGAGUCGCCAGAUAUGGCGCGCCCGACGGAGGCGUUUCGGCGGAUGAGUACCACGGAUAUCCGACACCGCCGGCCGUCCACUGCGGAGGGAGCAGACGAGCCACGGGCAUUCCUCCGGACAUCAGACGCGGCGCGGACCACGCAAGUGCAACCAGGCAUGUCCACGCCGUAUGACCCGCGCGCGGCGACGAUGAGCACGGGCUACCACGCAGGAGGUGGCCCAUCCUUCACAACCCCACCACCCAACCCGCUUUCCCCGCCGGCGCUUGCCCCGACACCGCCGCGGCUCUCCCUAGCAGUGCAUGCACGGUCCCCGGAUGCGGGCCCGUCGAACGUGACGUGGCGCGGGUCGAGUUCUUCCCUGCCGAUGCCGCCGCAACAGCAGCCACUGUACCCGCCAACGCCCCAGCAACAGAUGUAUCAACAGAAUCAGCAACAUAUGUAUCAGCAGCAACAGCAAGGACUAGGCGGGGGCCCUGCCCUCGUGCGAAGGAAGGACAGCAAUGCGCUGCGGCCGCUGCCCGUGUCGGCGCUCAUGGGCGCGCCGCCGAGCGCGAUGGGGAUGAGCGGGAGCGGGAGCAGGAGCAGGUCGAAUAGCGUGCGGAGCACGAGGAUCGGGACGGGCGUGGGGACGGUCCAGCUGCCACCGCUGGAGCCGGUUACGCCGUUGACGAUGAGCCUGCGGAGCUCGCCGGAAGACGAGCAGGAGCGAGAGGAGAGGGAGAGAAGAGAGAGAGAAAGAGAACGGAGGCGGUGA